GAAUCCGUUUGCCAGUAACUCGACUCCACUCCGACACGACACUGCUGUGUAUCUCGCGAGCCAGAUACGCACGGGAUUUUUUAUAUAAUACAUAUUUCAAUUGUGCUGGCAGAAGAAAAUUUUAUUCUCCCCGGACAAAAAAAAAAGAUCCAGUGGAGAAAAUAGUUUCCGGGUUUCGUGGGAUUCGUUGAAGCGAAGGAAUGCAAUCUUGCGCGUGACAAUCGGCCGCCGUUUGCGAAUAGCAAAGUGUGACGUAAACGAACAUUUGAACGCUGAUCCCGAGACGAAAUCGUAACGCAAAGAUACGACAUAAUUUGAAAACAAAACCAAAUGAAUUACACAUAAACGAAACCAACGAUUCACUGAAUAGAAGUAACCAAAUCAAAACUGAUUCCAAAGAUGGCAGACCACGAUCAAAAGAAUAUGAAAAUGCAAGAAGCCUACAUUUCUCCGGGAAUUUCACGGGAACGAAGUUUUAUCCGAACUUCCAACCAGCAGGUAAUGGAUAUGGUGGAGGUAUCAUUAUCCGAAUCUAUUAUACCUAACGCCAACAAACGACGCAGCCUAGCCUUCACCCAGAGUCAGGCUAUGCAACAUGCCCAACAACAACAGUUGCGUGGUAAGCCACCGAUGGAAAUCUAUCGUCCUCCAAAUGUUCGCAUGGAUGGACACCCGAACAAACUCAACGUGCAUGCCCAAGAAUUUCAGAUGAAUCAACUUCAGGACGGACGUAUCCCGCUGCAGAACUCUAGGUCUCUCAACAUUUACAGCAGCUCCCUGCAGCACUCGAAAUCGAACGUCCAUAUGCCGUUGAAUAUGCAUCCUCGAGCACAAAUGCAACUGGGCAACAUCGGCAGUCCUCAACGAGGACCGAUCAUGAUGUCUACCCAUCCGAUGCAACACGUGGGAGUACAGCUACAAGGCUCCCAUAUGCCAUUGGUCAACUCACCGUCCAGCGGAAAUAUUUUACACUCUGGACCACGAGUGAAAUUCGCGCCGGAGCCGGUGGUUCACGCGGCUCAACAUCCAAAUACCAGCUUCCAAGCAGCUCAGAACAACUCCUCCAGCAGUGGCCUACCAUCACCUUCGGGCAUGUAUCCACCGGGAAGCAAUAGUCCGAUGAGCCUUGCACCAUUACAGCGCUCUAAGUCGCUAUCUUCGGCUGAUACGUUGACGCGCGGAUUGGCUGGACUGGGACUUGCCGUGGGACCCGAAGCCAACGAUAUUGGACAAUUUUCGCCGGAGAUCCAGGCCAUCCUCAGCAAGGCGAUCGAAGAUCCGAAUCAGCUCAAUGCCCGAUGCCUGAUGGAACUGGCAAUGCAGCUGAUGCAACGGGCAGUUGAUGGACGAAGAUACGCCCUACCAAUUUCACGAUUAUGCAUUUCGAUCAUUGCUAAGGAACAAAAGGAAACCUUCCUGGAAGCCUUACUGAACACUUGUCGCCAAUGGUACCAAGAGCGCGAUAAGGUCCUCGGCCCACCGAUGAACAUCAAAAAUCCUUCACGACCGCGAUUCACGGCAUUUAUGGCUUUCUUGACUGAAAUGUUUUGCCAACUGAAGCGCCGCCAGCUGCAACUUCGAACCGAAUGUGACGGGGUUCCACCUCCCAUCGUGCUGCUAACCGUGCUCGGAAAAUGCUGCGAAGAUUGUGUCAAACCACCUGUUCGAUCACUCUCAGAGAUCGAAUGUCUCUUUUUCGUACUGACCUGCAUUGGGCGGGACCUGGAGACGCACCUGCCACAACAGUUGGAAACCCUUCUGACCGGAGUGCGUGAUGCAUUCCUGAACUCGUCCGCAUCGGCCCCGGCCAUACGCCGCACCUUGCUACAGUUGAUCGAACUUCAAGCGUCCAGAUGGCAACUACCGGGCAAUACCGUGCUCUACUACUAUCCAUCGUCCAAAUAAAUGCACGCACGUGAUGAACCGGCUAACGGAUGGAUUGAUGGACUGCCAGUCUGGUUGGUUUUCGCAUGUGAAGUUUCCUACCAAAAUUCAUUGAAUCUACUAGCCACCUACCGUCGAGGCAGGUGUUGGAGAAUGGAGAAAACGUCGAACCAAACGAACAAAAAAAUGAACUAAAUCGAACAGUAGAGAAAAAGAACGAAACACACUGGAAGUGAAGCUACAAAUCAAAAUAAAAACGACUCGAUCAGACUACAUUCCAUCAAAACACUAACAUUUUAAAGGCAAAGGAAAAAGUUAGUUAACUCUCAUUUUAUUGUAUAUUUUAACAGAAUGCAACAAAGGUCAAGAAUUAGCCUUAGAAUUCACUGAUUCUAACGAACCUUUGAAAUUCAUUUUCACUCCUCAAAACGAAAUUUAACCCUGUUGUGUUAAAACGAAACGAUUUUAGAACUUUAGAUGUUUAACCAAAUAAUUACUUAUGGAUGUAAUCUCUAAAAAAAAACAAGUAACGAUAUGUAAAUGAACUAGUCAUUUUUGUAUUAUACUGUCUAGAGCACAAACAUAUUGAAUCUGUUACAUACUGUUAGAUAGAACAUAUCGUAUAAACAAAACUCAUGAAACAACAAACAAAACAUACAAACAAUGACUGACUAAUAUGCUCGUGUUGCAUCACUAUUAUAAUUUCAUUACGUAUAUCAACCAACGCACUGCGAAUGCUCUAGAUAUGUACCAUGUAGCGUACGAAAGCACAUGUAUAUCGCAUGCCAAUGAUGGUUACCUUAAGGGCUCGAUGACGAUGAUAAGAAAAGAAACCCUAUGGUUGUUAACUUAUUUAACUUAUUCAGCGAAAAAAAAACUGGGAGAGGGAAAAUUGAUGAUGACAGUGGAAAAAUUGCAAAACUGAACGAUGUAGGGUUUUAUUGCAUCGCAUAGAACAGUGAAAGAUUAAUUUCAUAAUUGCGUGGGAAACAUAUGCUGUGAAAUUGAAAGAAACCAUGCGCGGUCGUCGUGAAGAGAAAAGAUACAUUACUUAUGGUACUGCAUGUAGUGUUUUAUAAGCUCCGGCAAAAUAAAUUGAAGCAAAUGAUGUAUUUUAAGUGCCGUUUGUGCAACUUUGUGUCAUAAUGAGAUUUUUUUCUAGGAAAUAAAUCAUUAGUUCCAUGAUCUAUUA